UCGCAUUAUGAGCCGUUCCAUGCCACUUUUCAUGACUCUGGCCUGGAUGUACUCGGUGGCCAUCAUCAUCAAAGGCGUCGUCUAUGAGAAGGAGGCCCGGCUCAAGGAGACCAUGAGGAUUAUGGGAUUGGACAAUGGAAUCCUGUGGUUCAGCUGGUUCAUUAGCAGCCUCAUCCCUCUUCUCAUCAGCGCAGGCCUGCUGGUUCUUCUACUCAAGAUGGGUAAUCUCCUGCCCUAUAGUGACCCUGGUGUAGUCUUCCUCUUCCUCGGGUCAUUCGCCGUGGUAACCAUCAUGCAGUGUUUUCUGAUCAGUACGGCGUUCGCACGUGCCAACCUGGCAGCGGCUUGCGGGGGCAUCAUCUACUUCACCCUCUACCUGCCUUAUGUGCUCUGUGUGGCUUGGCAAGACUACGUGGGCUUCACUGCCAAAGUCAUCGCUAGCUUCCUGUCUCCAGUGGCAUUUGGAUUUGGCUGUGAAUAUUUUGCCCUGUUUGAGGAGCAAGGUGUGGGCAUCCAAUGGAAUAACCUCUUCUCUAGCCCCAUGGAAGAAGACAACUACAACCUCACCACCUGCCUCAUCCUCAUGUACUUUGAUGCCUUCCUGUAUGGGGUCAUGACCUGGUACAUUGAGGCCGUGUUCCCAGGGCAGUAUGGCAUUCCCAGGCCAUGGUACUUCCCUUUCACUAAAUCCUACUGGUUUGGAGAGAGCAACACAAACAGUACUGCAGUUCAUGGAAAGAAGGGAAAUGCUGGGGCUGUCUGCAUUGAAGAGGAACCCACUCACCUUGAAUUGGGAGUUUACAUUAAGAAUCUUGUGAAGGUCUACCGUCAUGGCAAAAAGCUAGCAGUCGAUGGGUUGACACUUGGCUUCUAUGAGGGGCAAAUAACUUCUUUCCUAGGUCACAAUGGAGCUGGAAAAACCACCACCAUGUCUAUCCUAACUGGCCUUUUCCCUCCCACCUCUGGCACUGCAUAUAUAAUGGGCAAAGAUAUUCGCUCAGAGCUCAGUUCGAUCAGACAGAGCCUCGGAGUGUGUCCACAACACAACGUCCUCUUCAGCAUGUUGACAGUAGAAGAGCACAUCUGGUUCUACGCCCGUCUGAAGGGUCUGUCUGAGGAGGAAGUGAAGGCUGAGACGGAGCAGAUUCUGACUGAUACCGGCCUUCCACACAAACGCAAAUCCAGGACCAGCCAACUGUCCGGUGGUAUGCAGAGGAAACUCUCGGUAGCCCUUGCUUUUGUUGGAGGGUCAAAGGUUGUUAUUCUGGACGAGCCCACUGCUGGUGUGGACCCAUACGCUCGAAGAGGCAUCUGGGACCUUCUUCUGAAGUAUCGUGCAGGUCGGACUAUCAUUCUUUCCACCCAUCAUAUGGAUGAAGCGGAUAUUCUGGGCGAUCGUAUUGCUAUCAUCUCCCAUGGAAAGCUUUGUUGUGUGGGCUCGUCGCUCUUUCUUAAGACUCAACUGGGAACUGGAUACUAUCUUACCUUGGUGAAGAAAAACACUGAGCCUUCUCUCAGUUCUUGCAGGAACUCGAGCAGCACUGUGUCCUUUGUUAAGAAAGAUGACAAUGCGUCUGAGAGCAGUUCGGAUGCUGGUCUAGGUAGUGACCAAGAGAGCGAAGCCACCACAGCGAUUGGAACUACAUGGCCAGAUUCUCCUGUUGUUCCUGUUGAUGUGGCCCUCAUCUCCAGUCUAAUCUUGAAGCACGUUCCUGCGGCCCGCAUGGUGGAAGACCUUGGUCAUGAGAUCACAUAUGUGUUGCCAUACGAGUCUGCCAAAGAUGGUGCAUUCGUUGAGCUCUUCCAUGACAUGGAUGAUCGCCUCGCUGACCUUUGCAUUUCAAGCUAUGGUGUCUCAGAUACUACACUUGAAGAGAUUUUCCUUAAAGUGGCAGAGGACAGUGGAGUUGACACAGAAAUCAUCUCAGAUGGAACUCUGCCAGUGCGCAGACAUAGACAACACUCAUUUGGUGCUGACCACCAGAGCUGCCUCAAACCUCUGACUGAAGAUGAUAACUUUGACUGCAACAACUCUGAUGGUGAUCCAGAAUCAAAAGAGACAGACUAUUUGAGCGUUUCCAAUGGGAAAGGAUCAUUUCAGGUGAAAGGCUGGAGUUUGAAGAGGCAACAGUUUGUGGCUUUGAUGUGGAAGAGAUUGCUUUAUGCUCGCCGCUCAAGGAAAGGCUUCUUCGCACAGAUUGUUCUUCCCGCUGUGUUUGUAUGCAUCGCUCUGGUGUUCAGUCUUAUUGUGCCACCAUUCGGAAAAUAUCCCAGCCUGGCUCUUAAUCCCUGGAUGUAUGAAGAACAGUUUACUUUCAUCAGUGAUGAUGCUCCACAUGAUAUAAGCACACAAAAAUUACUCAACGCUUUGUUAGAUGAUCCUAGCUUUGGAACGCGAUGCAUGGAUGGAGAACCAAUUCCUGAUGCUCCCUGUACAAUGGGCGAUGAGGAAUGGUCUACUCCAGAAGUGUCAGAAAGUGUGAUGGACAUUUUCACAUCAACAAACUGGACCAUGGACAACCCAUCACCUGCUUGCGAGUGCAGCUGUAAUGGUAAAAAGAAGAUGCUCCCAGAAUGCCCUGCUGGUGCAGGUGGACUGCCACCUCCUCAGAUUAAGAUCAGUGAGACUGAGACCCUCCAGAACCUGACGGGACGAAACAUCUCAGACUAUCUAGUGAAGACAUACGCACAGAUCAUUGGGAAAAGCUUAAAGAACAAGAUAUGGGUGAACGAAUUCAGAUAUGGAGGAUUUUCAUUGGGUGCUAGAAGCACUCAGGUACUUCCUCCUGCUGAGGAGAUAGAUGAUGCCAUCUCUAGAGUCAGGGAAAUCUUCCAACUGGGGAAGGACUCAGGAUCAGCGGCCGACCGUUUCUUGAAAAGCCUGUCUGCCUUCAUCAAUGGGCUGGACACUAAGAAUAAUGUCAAGAUAUGGUUCAAUAACAAGGGCUGGCACGGUAUUGGAGCUUUCCUCAAUGUAAUGAACAAUGGUAUCUUGCGUGCCAGCUUACCGCCUGGCAAAGACGCUCGUCAAUUUGGCAUCACUACGUUCAACCAUCCGCUCAAUCUGACAAAGGAACAGCUUUCUCAAGUGGCCCUAAUGACUACCUCAGUGGAUGUGCUGGUUUCCAUCUGUGUGAUCUUCGCCAUGUCCUUUGUCCCUGCCAGCUUCGUUGUCUUCCUCAUUCAGGAGCGAGUGAAUAAGGCCAAGCACAUGCAGUUUAUCAGUGGAGUUCAGCCAUUCCUCUACUGGCUGGCCAACUUUCUCUGGGAUAUGUGCAAUUAUGUCGUCCCUGCUACUCUGGUGAUCGUGAUCUUUGUGUGCUUUCAACAAAAAGCCUACGUCUCUGCCACCAACCUUCCUGUUCUUGCCCUUCUACUGCUUCUUUAUGGAUGGUCCAUCACUCCUCUUAUGUACCCGGCUUCAUUCCUCUUCAAAAUCCCCAGCACCGCUUAUGUGGUUCUCACUAGCGUCAACAUCCUCAUUGGGAUCAAUGGCAGCGUGUCCACUUUUGUCAUGGAGUUAUUUGGAAAUAAUGAGAUUGGUGGCAUUAAUGACAUCCUGAAGAACGUUUUGCUCAUCUUUCCACAUUUUUGCCUGGGUCGAGGUCUCAUCGACAUGGUGAAGAAUCAGGCCAUGGCUGACGCUCUGGAGAGAUUUGGUGAGAACCGUUUCCGUUCUCCAUUGGAGUGGGACAUGGUGGGCAAGAAUCUUUUUGCUAUGGCUGUGGAAGGAGUGGUUUUCUUCAUCAUCACAGUCCUUAUCCAGUACCGUUUCUUCUUUGAACCCAAGUCUUUAAGUGCCAAGUUGAGUCCGAUUGGAGAGGAGGAUGAGGAUGUGGCCAGAGAGAGGCAGAAAAUCAUGAGUGGAGCUGGACAGGGAGACAUUCUUGAACUCCGACAACUCACUAAGGUGUACAAGCGGAAACAGAAGCCCGCUGUUGAUCGUCUAUGUGUUGGCAUUCCUCCAGGAGAGUGCUUCGGUCUGCUUGGUGUCAACGGAGCCGGAAAGACCAGUACUUUUAAAAUGCUGACCGGAGACUGUGUGGUCACCAAAGGAGAAGCAUUCUUGGCUGGGAAAAGUAUACUCAGAGAAAUAGAUGAAGUACAUCAGAACAUGGGCUACUGCCCUCAGUUUGAUGCCAUCAACGAUCUGCUGACAGGACGGGAACACCUGGAGUUCUACGCCAUCCUGCGUGGUGUACCUGAAAAGGAAGUUUGUGAGGUGGCAGAGUGGGGAAUCCGUAAACUGGGCCUCAUAAAGUACGUGGACAAGAAAGCAGGAAGCUACAGCGGUGGCAACAUGCGCAAACUCUCCACUGCCAUUUCACUCAUUGGAGCCCCACCAGUGGUCUUCCUGGACGAGCCCACCACUGGAAUGGACCCCAAAGCACGACGAGCACUGUGGAACUGCAUCCACAGUGUCAUCAAAGAGGGACGCUCUGUCCUACUUACCUCACACAGCAUGGAAGAAUGUGAAGCACUGUGCACCAGGAUGGCCAUCAUGGUGAACGGCAGGUUCCGCUGUCUGGGUAGCGUCCAACACCUGAAGAACAGAUUUGGAGAUGGGUACACCAUCAUUCUGAGGGUUGCAGGGCCAGAUCCUGACCUGCAGCCGGUGAUGAAGUUCAUUGAGAGCGAGCUGCCGGGAAGCACCCUGAAAGAAAAGCACAGAAACAUGCUGCAAUACCAGCUCCCCUCCUCCCUCACCUCCCUCGCUCACAUCUUCAGCAUCCUCGCUAAGAACAAAGAGUUUCUCCGGAUAGAGGACUACUCUGUGUCCCAGACCACUUUGGACCAGGUAUUUGUUAACUUUGCCAAGGACCAAAGUGACGACCACUCAGAGAGCUCCAUUCGUCGUAAAGAGACAGCGAUCAACAUGAGCCCUCUGUCUAUUAAAGAGAACACGGAGAAGCCAAUAGAAAGCUUUGUGUGAGCCGGAGUCUCUCUUUACACUACAUGCUAACAGGAGCCAGUGGAUUCCACUUAUUUCACAAUGUUUUUGUGGCCUUUGAGCUGCAGUCUGCUGUUCUGACCUCAGUCUGAAGAUAAAUGUCUUCACCGGUCAGCUGAGAGGCUGAUACUGCAGCCGAGAUACUUAAUGCAAGUCAAUGCAAAAGAAAUUGAAAAGACUUCUCUCGUGUUUCUAGCAUGGCUGAAUCUGAACCAUGUUAGUCAGUGUUAAAAACUUGAAGCCAUAAUUUCUGGUGUAUACUGACUGUAUUUUGCGCAGUCGUCAAUAGAGAUCGAUUUUCAUCAUGCAAGCUAAUCGGCCCGAUGGAAAAAUGCCAAUGAUCAAUAAUUCAGGGUCAGUGUCUUUGUAUUUUAUUUUCUUAAGACUAGAAGACUGGGAAUCACAUGCUGAAGAAUCAUAAUUGUUUGCGUGGCUAAGGGCUGAACUGCAAAACUGAAAAUUGUACUAUGUUAAAAUGAUUUUGUUUUUAAUAUGUCAUUAUUUAUAAACAAGCAAUUGUUUUAGAUGUUUUAAAAAGUCAGAAGGGGCAUUAUUUUAUAGGCUGUUCUAUCCAAGAGUGACUCAUGUUAUCUUUAUAUGUGCCUUUGUGCAUGGGCAAAACAAAAAAGUGAUUGAUUUUGUAGGUUUUAAAAAAAAAAUAAAUAAAGUUUAUACAAGCAAGCUUUACAGUUACAAUAUGUAACAAAUACCUCGACUGACACAGUAAUUCUAGGGGAUGCUCCUGGAUUCGCAUGAACAACUUCGAAGGAAAUCAAUUCAAACAUACCAAUUAUGUGCCUUCUUUAGUAUAAGGGCAUCUGGUGUGCCCUUCCAUUGGAUCUCUGGACCAUUAAAUACAGAAAUCCACAAACACAACACUGAUUCCAGCUGUAUUACAUAGCCGUUCGUUACAGUAAGUGUGCUCUGUCCAUACAUUGAGUUUGGAUUGUUAAAUCAGUAUUUUGGAUCUCAUUGGGACUGGCAACAGCGUUGUCCGCCUUUCAUCCAAGCACUUUACU